CACUCGAAGCGGAGUUUGCACUACACGUGGUUUGUGAUUGUUCACAGCCACAGUCCCAGUUCGCGGAAAUACGCGGUUUUCUAAAUUUAACAGUUCAGGUGUGAAACCAGUACCCAUUAAUUAUCUAUAAAUUUUGGCUGAUAAUAGCAAUAUUCGACAUACGCGCAAAUUUCUUCUCGGUCCGCAUUAAUAGCAUAUCUCGGGGACAACCUGUAGAGUAGUAAUAACAAUUGCUAUUCGGCAAGGACUGGCUAUCCGAUUGCGUGGCUGCGUACGCACAAGAAGUAUGUAAAGACAAGCAUGACCACGUAGGUCGUUACGCCAAAGAAGAAGAAUAACAGGGAUUAAAAACAACUAAUGUAUCGAAAGAAUAACAACGAAAGCAACAACGAAAAACAACAGUUAUCCGCUACGGACUGUUCCAACCGGUUCUUGAGGUUCGUUCCUGUUACUUUGCACAAAUCAUUUGUUCUAUUGGCUGCGUUUGGUUUGCUCUGAUAUGGAAAUUCAUUCUAGGACAUAGUAAUCUGCAAUAUUGUUAAAUUUUUAUGUGAUGUAAGUUUUUUAGUGCUUCCGGACAAAAUAUUGACGCUGUCUGUGUGGCGGAUUUUGCAAUACUUAUCUGUGAAACUGUUAAUGAGGUGGUAUACGACGCUUAGCAUGAAGACACGCUGUGCAAAAAUGAUACAUUUUAUGGUGGUCGUAAUGGUGAUAAUUAUCUGUGAUGUAAAAAAUGCAUCGUCUGCCACAAUUCAGGUAUCCGAAAAGAUGAACAAUGAAAGGGAAUCUUUAUCUGAAUCCGUAACUGGCAUAGACAACCAACCACAGCCAUCUCUAACGGCGUACGAUCAGCGCCAAAGUGGGAAGUACAAUCUACGUGUUCACAUAAAGGAUGUAAAAAUAAUAGCUGUAAAUGGAGAUGGAUUGGAAGACAGUUUGGAUGACGACACCAUCUACGAUUAUGGUGAUUAUGAUUACGAUCCUGCUCAUCUCACUGUAAGCCCUCUUCCCUUGUUUGGAAUAGGAUCGGUGUCUAUAACCUCCAGCAAACCACCUAAAUUGACGACAAAUAGCAAACCGCAAUCAUCCACACGUGCUUCCACGGUAUCUACUACCAUUCAAUCCACAACGGAAUUGAAUGCACUCCCCCAGGAAGUGUCCUCGGUGUCACUGCCGUCAGAACAAACUGUUUCGACAACUGCUAAGACUACAACAACAUUUAAACCUUCCCACAUUAGUAGUAAUGCUGUGUUAAAACCAAUCCAAGCACCUGGACAAUAUGACUAUCAGGAAAUACCAGUGCAAGUUAUAGUUGAACGCAAACACUAAAUACUCUUCGUUUACUUUUGUGAUUGAGCAAAAAGGCUAAUUCUUCCAUAAAACAAAGUAGCACCGAAUUUCUUGUCAAUACUGAACUAUGUAACUAGUAGUACAACGACUCGAGGAAAUCCUUUAGGCUAAUCUUAAAAUAACUGAUCAAUAAUCGAGUCAUUUCGAUUGCAUUGAAAUAUACAAUUUUACUUUGAAAUUUAA